AUGUCUGGAAACGGCCAACAGCACCGAGGAGGCCUCCAUCCAACAAACGGCUCUCCCCAGGUGACAGAUCCCCUGAGCUUCGCCUCCAGAUUCUUUCAACAGAUUGGCGACACGGACCUGUCCCCGGACGACGACGACUCUAAAAGCGAGGACGAUGACGAUGACUCAGACGAAAGCGACCAGGACGAUGACAGCAGCCAGACAUCUGACCGCCAACCUCGUCGCAGCAGCAAUGGUCGUCAAGGCCCUACAUUGCCAACGUUCUCUCCGAGGCAUCCUCAAGGCCUUGGCCAGAAGGAAUUAAGCACAACGCAACAAAAUCAGCACAACAGAGCCACCGUUGCCGUUACCACCAACGCCACCAACGCCACCACUACUACCAAGCACCCAAAGGAUCACGACGAGACGCAGCAGCAACGGCAGGAGGGUCAUGAUGCCAAGCGGACAAAACUCGAGGCUGUCGCUAAUCUCAUCAACUCUGGAAUCUUGGGACGGAGGGAUCUGCCUGCCACCACCAGCACGACUGCCCCUGCAAAGGAGAGCAAACCCUUCCUGAACCAGAGCGACCUAACCCAGUUCAACUUUAGCAAAGCAGGAGACGAUACCAAUGCAGUACAUAUCCAAAGUACCCUCCAAUACCUUCAGCAACAGCAACGACAUAAACAGCAGCUGCAACAGCAGCAGCAGUCAACAGCCAUUUCUCGACUUACACCCCAGCAACUUAUUCAACUACAUCAGCAGCAACAGCAGCAACAGCAGUUGAGGCUACAGAAUACCCCUGUCAUCAAAACGGAAAUUGGCCCCAAGCAGCCCUACUCUGUCUGUUCCUCCAUUGCCUCUUCAACACCCUCACCAACAGCGUCCAAAGAAAAUGUCGGAGGCGCCGUGAUUGACCUCACGGAAGAGGAGGCUACGAUGAUUUCGGAUGACGACGAUGUCGUCAUUGACGAGUCGAAAACAACGGCUAUUGCCAACAGGAACCUCUGCUUCGGUAUGAUCCAGUCACUGGUAGUCACACUGUACCCUCGGCAUUUGGAGUAUAUCGAAGGAAAGUCUGACAGGGUGAUCAUCAAACGAGCAACGACAGCCAACAAGGCUAGUUUGGCGGUCGAGCAUGAAGGCGGACUGUAUGGCUACAUUGUCUCGGAGCUGGCAGAGACGCUUGUCCCCUUGGUUGAUGCGAACAUGAUUUGGUGGGAGGCGAGCGUACCUAGACAGAGGAAACAUAACAACGUGAGCGCACCGAUCAACAUUGUUCUCUAUGGCAAGCCCAGGUUCCAGAUGACAGUAGCAAAGGCGCUCUACGGCAAGGUCAAGCUGGACGAUCCCUUUGCGUACGAUCACAGGACCUCCUACUCCAACCCACUCGCACCAGUUCCAGGAGAGCAGCUAUCCCUCUACGACAAGUUCCGAGGAGUCAGUGCACCUUCAUCUUAUUACAACGCCGGAGCUGGAUUGGGAUACACAGGUUACACGAGCUAUGCAGGCUACAGUGGAUCUAGCGUUCGCUCUGCCGAGGAGAUCAAGAACCAAAUCGACGGAGUCUUCAAGGGCCUUCGGAGUGCAACUGAUCUUCCAGAGGUGGAACCUGCAUCGACGAUGGCGACAAAAAUGUAUCGCCACCAGAAGCAGGCUCUCUACUUUUUGCUGGAGCGCGAGAAGCAGGAAGACUACUCCGACAACGAGAAGAACAAGCUGACAUCCUUGUGGCGUGUCCGACAGCAACUUCAUCGUCAUCCAACAUAUCUGAAUGUUGUCACCAGUCAGGAGACGACUCUCAAACCCACCAGCAUGCUCGGAGGAAUUUUGGCCGAUGAUAUGGGACUGGGCAAGACGAUCACCGUUAUUUCUCUCAUUAUGGCGACUCUGGACCGCAAGAUGCAUUUGCCUGAACCAUCAAUACAAUCGAACCCAGUACCACAGUCUGCAGCACCGGACUUUCUCAGCUCUGGAGACCUCGUGACGGAAUACGACACCCCACCUUCUCCUACCAUCCGACCCAUGUUGACAGUGGCGCCCAAGAAGCCACUGCACAGGAAGCGGCUGACCAACCUGCGGACGAAAUCACACGCCACCCUUAUCAUAUGUCCCCUGUCGACGGUUCAGAAUUGGGAGGAACAAUUUGAGGUCCACGUCAAGAAGGAUGCGCUUCAGGUGUAUGUCUAUCAUGGAGGUCAGCGCGUGUCGGACCCGGCUUACUUGGCCAAGCACGAUGUUGUCAUUACGACCUACAACUUGUUGGGCACCGAGUACUCCAAGGAGUGCAAGGGCAAGGAUAACGAGACGAGCGCGUCAAAGACCCCGAGUGUGCUGCAGCAUAUUGACUGGUUCCGAGUGGUCCUGGAUGAGGCUCAUAUCAUCAAGGAGGUCAACACUGUACAGAGCAAGGCUGCUUGUGCACUUGUUGCCGAACGUCGCUGGUGCUUGACCGGAACUCCUAUUCAAAACAAGCUGGAUGAUCUGUUUGCGCUGGUCAAGUUCUUGGGCAUGCAGCCGUUCCAGGAGAAGGCGCAUUGGGCUCACUACAUCUCCAAACCAAUCAAGGCGGCCAACCCUAUCGGUGUCCAGAGGCUACAGACGCUCAUGAAGGUCAUUACGCUCCGACGUACCAAGACACAGAUGGUGGAUGGCAAGCCGUUGCUCGACCUCCCUCCACGUACAGAUCAUAUGCGGACUCUGGAUCUCAGCUUGAACGAACGACAGAUGUACCAGCGAAUGGAGUCGAGCGCGAAGCAGACUGUGAGCAUGAUUGUGCAGGAGAACAAGGUCAUGAAGAACUAUGCCCAUAUCUUGCAGGCAAUCUUGAAACUUCGACAAAUCUGCGCCCACUAUGCACUGGUCAAGAACAUGAACGACGACCUCGACAUGUCGGGAGAGUUCAACCUGGCCAAGGCGGCGGUGAUCUAUUCGUUGCUUCAGGAUUCUGGCAACGACCAGUGCAACAGUUGUUUCCACCCUUCGACCAUCACGCCUAUCGUCACCCGGUGCGAGCACGUUUUCUGUCCAGAGUGUGUCAAGAAGCUGAACCCGAUCUCGUACAUGCUCAUUCAAAAGGGGAACGCUAACGUCAGUGUCGCGUCGGGACUCAAGUCGGAUUUCUGCUGUCCCCAGUGCGCCACUUUGUUGAGGCCCAUUGAUCUGAUUCAAAUCCAGGACGACGCAGAUGACAAGGUGGAGACUAUUGGAGGAGGCCAUAUCCACUCGCGAACGGACGAGAAUGGAAUGUUUAUCCACAGUACCAAAGUCAAGGCACUCAUGGAGGAUUUGGUUCAAGCUGGCGAAAUUUCACGCAGGACGGGCCAGCCAAUGAUCAAGAGUGUAGUUUUCUCGCAGUGGACUAGCAUGUUGGACUUGAUCGAGGAUGGCUUGAGGGAGAACAAGAUCGUGUUUACUAGAUUGGACGGAACCAUGCAGCGAAAUGAUCGCACAGCCGCUAUGAUCAGGUUCAAGGAGAAGGCCAACUGCAGUGUUAUUCUCAUUUCACUAAAGGCGGGAGGCGUGGGAUUGAACCUGACCUCCGCCCAGCGUGUCUAUCUGAUGGACCCUCACUGGAACCCUUCGGUGGAGAGUCAGGCAAUUGAUCGUAUCCAUCGUCUUGGACAGACCAAACCAGUCGACGUCGUUCGAUUUAUCAUUAAGGAAUCGAUCGAAGAGAAUAUCUUGGAGCUACAAAAGCGCAAGGCUGAGCUUUCGGAGAUGACGUUUGCAGAAAAACUGUCGAAACAGGAGGUUUUGAAGCGUCGUCUCGAGGACCUGAAGUAUCUGUUUCAGGGUUCAUCCGAAGUGAUGAAGAAGAGGAACGGCGUCUCCGCGCUGGCCAUUACCAGCAGCAGCAACCACAACAGCGCAGCAUCGUCCCCUGCACCCCCAUGA